AUGGACCCCUGCUGUCCUGGAGGUGAAAGUUAUGUAUGUGCAUCCAAUGAACCAUACCGCAAAGUUGAUUACACCAAGAAUGUCAAUCCAAACUGGUGUGUGAACAUAAGGACUGGGUCCACUCGAUCCCUGACAUCUUUGUCAUCUACAAAGAGUGAAGUGAAGGAGAGUAAAGAUUUCAUUAAACCCAAAUUAGUGACUGUUAUUAGGAGUGGAGUAAAACCACGGAAAGCUGUGAGAAUUCUGCUGAAUAAGAAGACUGCUCACUCCUUCGAACAGGUCUUGAAUGACAUCACAGAAGCCAUUAAGUUAGAUUCAGGUGUAGUCAAGAGACUUUGUACACUGGAUGGAAAACAGGUGACAUGCUUGCAGGACUUUUUUGGAGAUGAUGAUGUCUUCAUUGCAUGUGGACCUGAGAAAUACCGGUAUGCUCAGGACGACUUCGUGUUGGAUCACAGCGAAUGCCGUGUUAUGAAGUCCUCUUAUUCCCGAUCAUCUGGCAUGAGAUAUACAGGGUCCAAAAGUCCAGGACCUUCACGUCGAAGCAAGUCACCUGCCUCAGUAAAGAGGGGUGGCCACUACUCCGGUGCUUAUUCUUCAGCAAAAUCCCCAGUUAAUGGAACUCCAAGUAGUCAAUUAUCCACCCCAAAAUCUACAAAGUCCUCCAGUUCUUCACCAACAAGCCCAGGCAGCUUUCGUGGACUCAAGAUUUCUCCACAUGGUGGAUCUUCUUCCAAUGUGAAUGGUGUACCUGAAUCACUCCGUUGCCAGAGUCCCGAAGGUGUGAAUGGAAACAAGUGCUCAGGGUCAUCUACCAUUCUUGAGAAGUACAAAAUUGGAAAGGUUAUUGGUGAUGGCAACUUUGCUGUUGUAAAGGAGUGCGUAGAACGAUCCACAGGAAAGGAGUUUGCACUGAAGAUCAUAGACAAGGCUAAAUGCUGUGGAAAGGAACACCUGAUUGAAAAUGAAGUGUCUAUUCUACGUCAAGUGAAGCAUCCAAAUAUCAUUAUGCUUAUAGAAGAAAUGGAUACCCCAACAGAACUCUAUCUGGUGAUGGAACUGGUCAAGGGAGGAGAUCUAUUUGAUGCUAUCACUUCUUCUACAAAAUACACAGAGCGAGAUGGGAGUGCAAUGGUCUACAAUCUAGCCAGUGCCCUCAAAUACCUUCAUGGUCUCAACAUUGUGCACAGAGACAUCAAACCAGAAAAUCUCCUGGUAUGUGAAUAUCCAGAUGGAACCAAGUCUUUGAAGCUAGGAGACUUUGGGCUGGCAACUGUGGUUGAAGGACCUUUAUAUACUGUCUGUGGUACACCCACUUAUGUGGCUCCAGAAAUCAUUGCAGAAACAGGAUACGGCUUAAAGGUGGAUAUUUGGGCUGCAGGUGUGAUCACAUACAUACUGUUAUGUGGAUUUCCACCUUUUCGAAGUGAAAACAACCUUCAGGAAGACCUCUUUGAUCAGAUACUUGUUGGGAAGCUGGAAUUUCCUUCUCCCUACUGGGAUAACAUCACUGAUUCAGCAAAGGAUUUAAUUAGCCUGAUGUUACAUGUGAAUUCUGAAGCUCGGUAUACAGCAGCACAGAUCCUAAGCCAUCCCUGGGUGUCAGAUGAUGCUUCCCAGGAGAAUAAUAUGCAAGCUGAAGUAACAGGUAAACUGAAGCAGCACUUUAAUAACACCCUACCUAAGCAAAAUAACACAUCUGCUGGGGUUUCUGUCAUCAUGAACACAGCUCUAGAUAAAGAGAGUCAGAUUUUCCGCAGCAAGCGCUGUCAGGACUCUGGUAGAGCUGGAAUGGAGAAAAUUUCUGCAAUUACUGCUGCAGCUGAUGAUCCUCACGUGGCUGGGUCCGAGACCCUCUUCCCUUCUGCUUCUGAGCCACUCAGAUCCCCCACGCUCCCUGCCUCAGUAUCUCCUGAGUUUGCUGGGGAUCAGCCUGGUGCGUAGGACUGAUGAAACCAAAUCCAACUGAAGAUCCCUGCACUCUGGCCACAAUUUCUCUUCAUUUCACACGACAGUUUUCAGUUUGCGUGCACCCUCUCGUGGAGAGCCUGAGGCUCUGUCAUGGGAGACUGAUCCUCUCCUAGUGGGUGAGUGAAUGUGCAUUUUUGAGUGCUCUUUGCC